UUGGGGACCCCUGGGCUGUUAGGCCGGGAGAGGCCUCUUUUCGAUUCCAAGCAAAAAUGACCCAAAAUUGACUUCUGGGUCACUUCCCUAGGGGUUGGGGGCAGCAAGGGUUAUGAAGUGGCCAUCCAAGGUACCCCAAUGCUGCCUCCUAACCCUCUAAGGUUGCCCGCCAGCCCUGUUUUGGAGAGCCAUGCUCCCAAAAUUGCCCCCAGCAUCCACUGUUGGUGGCCAGUUGUUCACGAUGGUGGAAAUUUUAGCAGCACAGUUCUUCUCUUGGAGUGUUCUGCUAUGAAGUUCUGAGACAUCACAAUGGCUCCGGGUCCACAAUGGCCGGUGCAGAGUCCUUUGCCCUAUGGACAGGGCAGCCGGGGCAUGUUUAUCAGCAUUAAAUAUGGAGAAAACCGACAGUUCCUGGCCAACAUCAACUGCUCAGUCUUGCUCCUAAUGCAUUACCUUCGCGACAAAGUGGGUCUGCAGAGGACAGACCCCAUUGACUUAUGCGAAGAGAAUGGGACCCUCAAACUCCUCUUCCUAGUCAAGUUCCCGGAAGAAAGUGCCACCAAGUACCUAACCCCCCGAGGCUCCUACUACAUCUGCAAAGUGGAACACGGUGCACCGGGGACCAAGCAUGAAAACGGCUACCGCGCCUUUUUCCCUAUAUACAAACACCCACCAAGUGAAUUGCUGGAAUCCCUGCGCAACCAGUGUGACUUUCUGGAGAAAAGCCGCCUCCGGCUGCUCAAGAGCCAAGAUGCCAGGAAGCCACCGACCAUGGAGUCGCUCCUUUCUUGCAUGGCAAACCUGCAAACGGUGGGGAAAAGCAGCGGGAAAGCUGGCGUGAGCCUCUCCUCCGGCCUGGACGAAGAAGGCACGCCUCGCAAGGCCACCACCACCGCCAAGAGCCGGGCAGAGGCCAGCAGGAAGGAGAAGCACCUUUCAGGGGGCUCCUGGGGGAAGGCUGGGCUGUCAUCACUGGGAAACCCCCGGAUCUGAAUAAAGCUCAUUUGGGACUCUCCAAGGCCUUGCUAGCUUGCAAAUGUUCUGACAGAUGUCUUGUACUACAGGUCCCAUCA